AAGUUUCCAUACAGUGCAGCUUGUUAAAGUGAUAAUUAAUCAAAAAUGGAGGAGAUGAGGAAGGGGCCGUGGACAGAACAAGAAGAUGUGCAUCUGGUUUUGUAUGUGAAUUUAUACGGAGAUCGACGAUGGGAUUUCAUAGCGAAAGUUUCAGGUCUGAAAAGAACAGGUAAGAGUUGCAGGUUACGUUGGGUGAAUUACCUUCAUCCCGGUCUUAAACAUGGCAAAAUGUCGUGUCACGAAGAACGCCUUGUGCUUGAGCUUCAUAACAAAUGGGGCAAUAGGUGGUCAAGAAUCGCGAGGAAGUUACCUGGGAGAACCGACAAUGAGAUCAAGAAUUACUGGAGGACUUAUAUGAGGAAAAAGGGUCAGGAGAAGAAGAGGGCUAACUUGUCAUCUCCGUCGACUUCAGUGUCGUAUAAUUCUUCAUAUUCGUCGUCUUGCACAGUGAAUUCGAUGAAAAUCAAGGAUACUAAUGAGAGGAACUUCUUUGAUACCGGGGGAGUGGCUGCCAAGGGUUUAGUUAGUGAUGCGGAAGAGAUUAAGAAGGGGGACUAUUCGAUGGAUGAGAUAUGGAAUGAUAUUGUUUCGUCGGAUGAUGAUGCCAUCACACCGGUGUUUUCAGCCUUGGCCUCUCCUAUCUGGGACUACUGUCCUGACUCACUUUGGAUCACUGAUCAAGAGAAAGAUACUAACAUGACCGUUCCUACAAGUGAACCAUUUCAUUCCUUGUUUGGACAAGAGGACAUCGCGUUUUUUGCAGGCUAAUUAACCGCUUCUUUCAUUCGUUAUCACCUACUUCAUCAUCCUAGCUCCUAGCCUCUAAUAAUAAUGUUGAAACUCCAUUGUAUAUAGCCAGGAGUUUCCGAGUGCUGAACUCGGUGUUGAUCAUCUAGGCUCUAAUAACUCUGUUUUUACUAUGUUCCUGCUUCGGUUUUUACAAGUAUCAUAGGAAUAGUGCUCCGAGAGGAGACUAGUAAGUAGUGACUUUGUUGCUCUAAUCUGUGAUAUAUGUAUAUGUGUGCUGCAAUUUGUUUCUUCCC